UCUGGGACUUUGAAGGACAAACAUUUGACCUGUAACCUUCACUCUUACCUUAAGGAGGAUCUGGCUGCUCUCAACUGUCAGAAGGUGACUGCUGAAUUGUCAAGGUUAGUAGGGCAGAUCCGAUCCAUGUACAGUGUGAGGUGUUUUACAUCCCAGCCCACUGUCCCCACCCCACAGGACUGUCUCCUGCGCCUCACUCAGUGCCUACCCCUUCUGCAGCAGUACUCAACCCUCGUGGAGUUCUACCUAGCCCAGGUCAUCUCUACCCACAGGGUCACUGGGAAGCUGCUCUCUGUACUCCUUAAAGUUUUUACCGAACUUGCUGUCAAGGGUUUCUGCCUGCCAGCAGAGUUUGCUGGGGAGAUGGACGGAAGUGGGGCCACAGAGUUUGAGGACAUUGAGGGUGGGGGACUUGGAGAGGGAGAGGGGACCAAGGAUGUCAGUGACCAGAUAGAGAAUGAAGAUCAGUUACACGAGGCUCAGAAGGCAGGGGAGAAGAAGGAAGAAGAAUUAUCUGAUCAGCCAGAUGUCCCAUCUGAGGACAACGCCAUUGAGAUGUCUGAUGACUUUGAAGGGAAGAUGCACGACCUUGACCCAGCUGACGGUGAGGAGGAUGAGGAUGAUGGUAAUGAUGAAGAAGAGAAGCUGGACAAGCAGCUGGGUGAUGUGGACGGGGAGGGAGCAGACAGACUAGAUGAGCAGAUGUGGGGCAGUGAUAAUGAGGAGGAGGAUGCUCAGGACAAGGAAGAGACUGGCCCAGGGGCAGGUAAGCAGACCGAGAGUGAACUGGUUGCCAAGGACGACCUGCCUGACAAGUCUGAGAGAGAAGGGGAGAGGGAGGGGGAGAUGGAACCCCAGCCUGAGGAUGGGGAGGCAGAGGAGCAGAAGUCACACAACCUGGAAAAGCUAGAUGAGAGUGAGUAUGAUGACAACCAGGUGGAUCCUCACAACAAACAACCUCCAGAAGAACAGCCAGAUGCCCUUGACCUUCCUGAUGACCUUAACCUUGAUGAGGAAGAAGGUCAGGAGACUAGUGAGGACAAGCAGGCCGUGGAACAUGAAAUAAGUGAGGAACAAAAUAUACCAGAUGUUCCCGAGGAUACGAAUGAGGACGAACCUGAGGAUUCAGAGGACAAAGCAGGAGAGGACAAAAAGGAUAACCCUGAAGAUAGAGACUCUGAGGAUGCAACAACACGUGAGCCUGAGGAGGAUAUGGAUACAGAACAAAGCUUGGACACACAACAACUGGCUGAGGAUGAUACACCUGAUGACUCUGAGACUAACAAAGAUGGUAAACACGAGGAAGGCCUUGACCCACAGGAUAACCUGGAAGAAGAGGUACAUCACAAGGACAGUCUUCAGUCAGAGGAGGCAGAAAUGGCAGAGAUGCAAGGGCAGACAACUCAUGGUGUGGAGGAGACAGAGCAGUCAGAGACAGCCAAAGAUCGAGCAGGGACCAGUGAAAACAACCAAGAUGAGAGUGAUGGCACAGGUCAGUCUGUGUCACAGCUGAGUGAGGGUCAUGAGGGGCAGACGUCCACACAGGUCAGCCAGGGAGGCUCUACACAGGAGAAUAAACAGAAGCAGAAGCAUAAACCUGGUGUGAGUGACAGUAAGAGAAGUUUGGGCUCUGUAGAGGAGAAGUACAAACGACUCACAACUCAGGACAACACCUCUGAGCAAGCGGAAGAAAAUGAGGACACCCAAAAAGAUGGAGCUGAUUUGUUUGAGCACAUCAAAGACACUGAUGCUCACAGUGACAUGCAGACGUUAGACGUGGCCACAUCAGACCAGCAGGAGGAGCAGCCCAUACCAAAUAAGGACAUGGAAGAGGCUGAGCCAAUGGAAGAGGAGGCAGAGUCUGUCAGACCAGAUGAGAGACAAGAGGAAAACAAGGACCAAGAAGCAAUCAAAGAACUAAAACCAGGCAAGCUGAAACCUCCAAAAGCUGAAGAUGGUGAGAGCAAGGGAGAGGACUCUGGUGAAGCACAGAAGUAUGUUUCUACUGGAGAUCGAGUGCUCACCAUGACCGCUGAGAGAGGACCUGAAUCUACCAUCCAUACAGCCCUUGAGCAUCUUAACAUAGAGGAAGAAAAUGUAGAUGUUGAGAAAUUGAGAUCAGAGUUAGAGGAGCGUCUUCCGGCAUGGCACCAAACACAAACCUUACACACAUCAAAUGAAGCAAUGGAGGCAUGGUUCAGAUAUGAAACUAUCACCUCCAGCCUCUCUCAGGAGCUCUGUGAACAAUUGAGGCUGGUAUUAGAACCCACUCAGGCCACUAAGCUCAAGGGAGACUACCGCACAGGAAAACGUCUGAAUAUGAGGAAGGUGAUUCCAUACAUCGCUAGCGAGUUCCGCAAAGACAAGAUCUGGUUACGGAGGACGAAACCGAGUAAGAGGGAGUAUCAGAUCCUAGUCGCCGUGGACGACUCCUCCAGUAUGAUGGAUAAUCACUCUAAACAGCUGGCAUUUGAAUCUCUAGCCGUUAUAUCCAAUGCCCUGUCAUUAUUGGAGGCUGGACAGCUGGGCAUCUGCAGUUUUGGGGAGUCCGUGAAAGUGUUACACCCAUUCACAGAACAGUUCACCAGCCAAUCAGGAGCCAGGAUUCUUCAGCAGUUUACAUUUGAACAGAAAAAGACCAAGAUUGCUCAGCUUCUGAAGGAAGUGACAGGUGUGAUGUUGGAUGCACGAACCAAACAGCUGGGUGCUGCCGGUUGGUCUGAGACAGCUCAGCUCCUGUUGGUUGUGUCUGAUGGCCGAGGACUGUUCAUGGAGGGCAUGGAUGUGGUGAAGACUGCUGUCAGACAGGCGCGGGCUGCUAACAUCUUCUUGGUGUUUGUCAUCAUUGACAACCCUCAGUGUAAGGAUUCCAUAUUAGAUAUCAAAGUGCCACAUUUCAAGGGCUCCGGUCAGCUGCCAGAAAUCCAGUCAUACAUGGAUCACUUUCCCUUUCCCUUUUACCUGAUCUUGCGUGACAUCAACUCCUUGCCAUCCACUCUGAGUGAUGCCUUACGACAGUGGUUUGAGUUGGUCACAGCCUCUGACAGAUAAUGCGGCAAAUUUACAGUGACUGUGAUUGGGGUAGAUGAUAUUCUGAAGGAACCAAUCAUUGCUUUUGUGUUGUGGUUAACGCUGUUUACAUUUUGAUGCAGGAUUUAAUUGGGUGGACUGCUGUAAUACGAGCUGUGAUGUUCAUUCUCUUCAGUAUUAUGUGCCUUGCAAAUUUUGUU